GUGCUGGUGCGCUACGACGAUGAUCUGUUGCACGCUCGCAUGUUGCUGGCAGCGGCUGGCGACACGAGGUGGGUGAUCUACACCCCAGACGGGGACCUGUACGAGGAGGAAUACGGGCCGAACAAUGGCGACGUGACGGGAGUGCGCGCCUUCAGGCUGGACGGGAGCAUCCCAGCGAGUCAGCAGGGCGCGAGCGUGUACAAUUUUCGAGCUGGCGGCAAGCCAGCGGGCGCGGUGCUGCAGGGCCUCAAGGAGGAGGCUCCCGAGUCGUGGCUCUUCGUGGAGAGAAACGCCAUCACAGCUGUCGGGGACGAGUGCGUGGGCGGCCCGGAGGCCACUCUUAGAAAGCUCGGCUUCGCGCGCGUCGGCGCAGACAUCCUCUCGGUGGAGCAGGUGCUGAGGUACGAGGUUGAGCGUUGGCGGCGGAGCCAUGCCGAGACCAGCGACGCGCGGGUGCUGCCGGUGACGUACACUCCGGUGGGAGAGCGGAAUCGCCCGUGGAGCAGCGUGGCUGAGAGCAUCAACGAGAGCGCGAUCGACAGCUGUCCUGUGAAAGGGCCGCGGACGGCUAUGAGGGUAGCUCUGUUCUUGGCACGGCGCAACACUGGGCCGGAGGACCACCAUCGCUGGUGGAAGGCUACCGCUCGGCUGAAUGCCUCAGAUUGGGGCGUAGCCGAGCACUCGCAGCUGUGUUCGUGCUUGGAGGCGGCGGGCAGCGUCGAUUAG